AUGGGGAUACGACAGCACCGAUGCGGAAAAUGGCUGAUGUGUUGGACACGUACAUGGGAGAUGUUCAUUUUUGUCGUCAUGCUUUCCACCAUCAACGGCCAAAUCCGUUAUUCAAUCCCGGAGGAGAUGAAGAAAGGUUCUUUUAUCGGUAAUGUAGCACAAGACCUCGGAUUGGAUCUGAAAAGGCUCCGCUCUGGGCGGGCCCGUAUCGUGGCCGGAGAAAACAAUCAGUAUACUGAGCUUAACACAGACAAAGGAAUUCUAGUCGUGAGUGAGAGAAUCGACCGAGAGGAGCUUUGUGGAGACGUAACACCGUGCAGCUUCAGUUUCGAAAUUAUUUUGGAAAAUCCAAUUGAGAUGCACAGGGUGACGGUAGAAAUAUUAGACAUAAACGACCAUGCACCAACUUUCAAAAAUAACGUAAUUAAUCUAGAAAUCAGUGAGUCUGCAACAACAGGUUCUCAUUUCGAUUUAGAAAGCGCCUAUGACCCCGAUGCAGGAAUCCACAGUUUGCAAAAUUAUGUUUUAUCCCCUAAUGAUAAUUUCGUUUUGAAGCAACACUCCAACGCCGAUGGAAUCAAGCUCGCGGUAAUGAUUUUACAGAAGCCAUUAGACAGAGAGUUAAAUCCACACCUCUCUUUAAAGUUGAUUGCUGUAGACGGAGGGAAUCCACAGCGAUCUGGCACAGUAAAUAUAAAGAUUACUGUCAUUGAUGUCAACGAUAAUCGUCCUGUAUUUAAUCAAUCGUUGUACACUGCUAAGGUGACAGAAAAUACACCCAUAGGUACAUAUAUUACAACUGUGAAUGCUUCAGAUGCCGAUAGUGGAUCUAAUGGCUUGGUCACAUAUUCUGUCUCGAACGUAAAUGGCAAGUCUGGUGAACUGUUUGCAAUUGAUAGUUUAUCUGGCAAAAUAACUGUGGCUGAUAAUAUUGAUUUCGAAAAAGACAAAAAAUACGAAAUAAGAGUGAUCGCUAAAGACCAGGGUGGCCUAAGUGACGGAACUAAAGUUGUCAUUGAGGUCACUGACAUAAAUGAUAAUGCUCCAGUUAUAAAUAUAAUGUCCCACUCAAGUCUGAUUUCAGAGGAUGUCCCUCCAGGCACGACCGUAGCUGUUUUUAAUGUCAAAGACGCAGACUCAGAAAGAAACGGCCAGAUAACGUGCUCAAUUGAUUCAAAUCUCCCAUUUAAAAUCCAGUCUUCUUUGACUAAUUAUUACAAUUUGCUUUCUGACGCACCUUUUGAUCGUGAAACGAAACCAGAAUAUAACAUAACCAUAACCGCAACCGAUUCAGGGUUACCCCCACUUUCUACUAAAACAACUUUACAUCUCAAAAUUUCUGAUGUAAAUGACAAUCCUCCGCUAUUCACCAAACCGAAUUACUCCGCCUAUAUCAUUGAGAAUAAUGUCCCUGGGAUGUCGAUAUUCAGUUUAAGCGCACGAGACUCUGAUUGGAAUCAAAACGCAAGAAUCUCAUACUUUCUCGAGGAGACGCAGGUCAGUGGCAGCCCAGUUUCUUCGUAUGUUUCAAUAAACUCUGAAACUGGACUUCUACAUGCAGUGCGCUCAUUUGAUUAUGAACAGAUCAAACAGCUCGUAUUUACUGUCAAAGCGCAGGAUGGAGGCUCCCCUCCACUCAGUAGUAAUGUGACUGUAACAUUAAUUAUUCAGGACCAGAACGACAACCCUCCUCAGGUGCUGUACCCAGUCCAGACUGGUGGCUCUGUGGUGGCUGAGAUGGUGCCUCGUUCAGCAGAUGUGGGCUAUCUGGUGACUAAAGUGGUGGCUGUUGAUGUGGACUCUGGACAGAAUGCCUGGCUCUCCUAUAAACUGCAGAAAGCCACAGACAGGGCGCUGUUUGAAGUGGGCUUACAGAAUGGAGAA